UCUGGCGGAGUCAUGGGUCGCAGGUUUGAUGUAGUUAUUGCUAGUCAGGGUUAUGACAUCAAAUAUUAAGUGUUAAUUUACUAAUGUGUGUUCCAAUACUUUUACUCACUUGAAAAGUAGGUAGCUUCAAACAAAAAGCUGCUCUGGCUUAUGUUCCUUAACACAACUAAAUGUAAAUCCCCUGAAAUGAAAGUUGAAUUUGUGAUUUUUUUGUCUCAUAGCUUUCUUUUGAUCUAAAGCUCAAAUGUCUUAAGUGUACAACUGACCUUGUCGUUCCAAUACUUUUGGAGGGGAUCGUAUAUAAAGUGUACGUGUUUUAACAGCAUAUUGUUUUGAAUGUAAAAGGUUUGUCCUCAUGUGACCUCAACAGACACAUUAGGGGGAGCUAUCCAAUCUACUACAGUGAUUCCAAAGCUGUGGUGCACAUUCCUACAUUUAAAGUAUUGUUUUAUACAUUGUGAUCAUACACCCCCUUCCCUCACUGUCUGUCUUUUUUUUUUUUGGUCAAAAAUGGUUGAGACACUUUAAAGAGAGUUAAUCCCAGGGGUGUCAAGUAGCUGGCAAAGACACUACAGUAGUGUACUAUGAGAUGAGUCGCAUGGAGCAUGAUACUUUACUAAAACAAUGACUGCUUGUAUUUUCACAGAUGCUGGCAGCCCCCUAUGAACAACACAUGGUGUACACAUGUUCCGUAUUUUGUCCCAUAGGACCGCAAAUGUCUGACGUGAGGGGUGCCCAAACGACUACAAAUACAAUUUGACAUAAGCUACCAUUGAGAACCAAAGUGGGCUAACUCCAUUUCUUUUGUCUUUUAGCAAGAAAUUGAUUUAAAGUUUAUGUAUGGCAGCAAAAAAUAUGGGGAAUUUACAUUUUGGAGAUUUAUAUGACUUUAAUACUUUUUCUGGGUACUUCGUUUUACAGAUUUUGUGGCUUUCCUUAGAUUUGUUAAUUUAGCCAUUUUCAAAAAAAAAAAAAAAGCAAGAAGCACGUCAUUACGAUUGUUUGCACCCAUUUUUUUCAGUGUCCAGGUCCAAUUUGGGGAAGCAUUUCACAUUAAUGAUCAGAUAGAAAAUUACAAACUUUUUGGGUCUUAUUUUGCCUAUCGCCUUUUACAGAGAGAUGUGUUUUUCCAAAAUACGAAAAUAUAUACUCAUAUUUAUGAACAAUAUACGUGCAUAACCUUACCUUCUCUAUUGUAUUAGUUAAACUGUGUUCUUCAACUAAGUAUGAAGUUUUUCUAUACGUUACCCUCAGAAAAACACAUUAGACGCCUCUUGAUUGAAAUCGCCAACAUAUAGUAUUUCACCCAGUAUCGUAAUGUUGACCUAUUCUAGUAUAAUGUUUGCCUUCUUUUCAUGUGAUGUAAAGAGCUCGCAAUCAUAAAAUAUCUAUCCGCUUGACACGGGCUAUUGAAAGUGCACCGAAAGUGUUUGACGCAACCACAAACAUGGCGAACAGGUGAGGGUGGAUCAAGAGUAAACACCAAACGCUUUCGCUUCAGUUUCAAAUGCCACAAAGCAGAAGAAGCCCCCACGCCGCCUGUGCACUACUGUGUAACUCACUAACACAAUUUAGCGCUAUUACUUUCAAUCAUAAUAAAUUAAAAUUGCAAAGUGAUUCAAAUCAUUUGUAUCUGUAUAAGUGAUGACCAAUGAUCUUCAGUUACUGUGUGACUGUAUAUAAAUGUAUUUUGUCUUUGUUUUUGGUGUCAUUUUAGUGGCUUUAGGUCUAUGUACUCCUUGUUGUCACUAGUAAGACGAUCCAGCACCCUAGUACGUAGACUGUUUUAUGAGUUAAGUGAUCGCCAACAAAGCAUAACCAUUUCCUUUCACAUUCACACGGACAAUUAAGUCUUCAAUUAACCUCUCGUGCAUAUUUUUGGAACGUGGGUGGAAACUAGAGUACCUGGAGAAAAUCCACGCAGCCAGCCCGGAGCCUGGAUUUGAACGUGCGACCUCUGAAUUUUGAGGCCGAUGUGCUCACCAGUUUCCCCACCGCUGAACACGUCAAAAAACAAAUUUUAAUUACCGUGUCUCAUCAACCGGUUCUACAAAGUUGUAUCUUUGUUAAAGAUCAACAUAUUGACUGUUAGCAUAAUGUCUUAUUUUUUCAGUUUGCCUUGCGAAAACUGGCGUCAAACUCUUCGGUACACAACUUUUUUUUAAUUAUUAUUGUUUAUUCAACGUUUGAGGCAAUGUGGCUUAAACUCAAAUUGUGCUCCAGGAAAUAAAUGGAUAGUAGGGUUCAAACUAGCAAAUGAUGGGAUUAUACAAUAAAUUGAAGAUAACUGCUACUGGGAGUGGAUAGAUGGAAAAAAAUAUUAUGCUGCCUUGAGAUACAAGCUUUUCGAGAUACAAGCCACCGUUCAUCUGAUUUUUUUUUUCCUCCACUUUGACUUUAACAACUUUGCCUUUUGCUAACUAAGCGGUCACACUGCAAAAUUCCAGACAUGCUAAGGAAUAGAAUCAGUAGUUGUGGUGGUAUAGAGCUCGUGCACCAAUGUCAUAAAAUCACGUGACUUUUGUUUACGUCGCCAUAUUGCUGGUCUAACAAAGCAUUGUUCAAUGCUAAGUCGGUUGGAGACGACACGAAAAUGUCUUAUAGCACAACGCCCAGAAUCUUGUCUGAUACCGUUAGACAUUUAGAAGGUGAAAAUAAACAAAGGUAUGUGGAAGAAUUAGAUAAACUCGGCAUAGAGGACGUGUAUUUAAUGCCGAAGUUGAUGUUUUCGCCGAUUUGAAUUUGAAUUUAAAAGAAAUUGGACUUUUAAUUUGCUUCUGCUUGUCUUGGACAACUGGAUCUACACAUGUUCCUGGUGAGUAAGUCGUUGUGAUUUACACGGAAAAGUUUGAAAGUGUAUAAAAGUCUGGACGCAUACAAAUACUUCAUUUCUGGAUCUUUUUUUCAGUCAGUAAUAAAUCCCAUGUAGUGACGGGUUGACGGCUCAUGAACGUGGAAGCGUGUUCAGCCACACAUUAACCUUUGCCGGAAUCCAUCGAUCUUUUCAGCUAGCAUUCAAUACAAAUAUCAAUAUUUAAAUAAAUGCCCCCUGGUUUUACACAAACUCGCAUUCACUAACUAUGAUUGAGAAGGAAAAAAAGAGGACGGAGGACAGGCAUAUGUGUAUUUUGGUUGGGCACCAUUCAUCACGUUUAACUCAUCCAUCUUUUCUGGUCUUUUCAGCUUGUAUUCCAUAGAAUGAUCUCUUUGAAUAUCUGUCUCAUCUGUUGUGACGACCAACAGCACAACAGGUCUCCGGCAUUGUAAAUAUUCUCCCCAGGUUCAAUGUCUCCCACAAUGUCGAGUAGCUCUGUUUGACCAUCAGUAUGGUGCCGUGAAAAUGGUGACGUCACGUGCACGAGCUCUAUAACACUUUAACCAAUGUAUAUUUCAAUUCAGACUUUACAGCAACACGUGGAUCGACAAUACUGCACAAUCCAGGAGUUGCAAUGAAUUAGUCAAUUAGUCACUCUAUGUAUAUAACUUUUCAAUUUUUUUUCUGUCAUGACUAUAUGUUUUAUGCAAUAAUAGAGAGUGCAAAAUAGGCAUUACAAAAUAUUUUGCUGGGCUAUUUGAAGAGGCUGGAGGUGAUUAUGGCGAUUUCAUUUAAUUUGAAGGGAGAAAGGUUUGAGUUACGAGUGUGGUCAUAGAAUGAUUUCAACUCGUAUCACAGCACAGUAUUUCAUACUGUAGAUUCACAUUUUGUCAUAAUCUUGCCUGGCCUACAUAUGACUAUGAAAUUGAAAUGGGAUGAGGGGGGAAGGUUUCCUCUUCAAAGAACUCAUUAAAAAAGAAAACUUUAGAGUUCUACAAUCAAAGUAUUCUGAGACAAACACCAAAGUAUUGAAUGCUAGCAAAAAAAUAUAUAGAUUUUGUGUUUCCAGAAGUAAGAGCAUGUGGAAAUGGCAAAAUGUGAAACAAUUUAUGACACAACAAAAUUUGUUUAUUCAACAGCUUGCAAAGUGUUGCUUGAGCUCAAAGGUCCUUACGUUAGGUUGAGGUUGAACGGAAAGCAUCAAUGCUGGUUCCUCCUCUGGCAGUGGGACCAUGGAAAGUUGCCGGACAAGAAAAGAGGUUUACAGUAAAUGGACACUCCCUUGGUGCAGCUCCGCAAGGAUCAGGGCAAAACAGGGUGUGGUGGUUUUGUGGUUGUGCUAAGCAUUUGCAUCAACAGAAAGUUGUGCACGGCAAAUAUUUGCCAUCAAGAGACCAAGUGGGAUCAGUUGUCAUUCUCGGCUUUGAGUAAGUUUAGCUGAGAAGGAUCAAGGGAACGCACCAUGGAGCCUCACUUAGUGUGUCUCGUCGUCAUAUCGAUGCUAUUCUGCACAACAGAGCAUGUGCGGGCUCAGGCUAUACAAGCCUCGGAGAACCCAAUACCCGUGGGGAAGAACGUUACCCUUUUCAGCAAGAACCAAGUCACCACGGGCGCGUGGCUCUUUAACAACCAGCUGGUCGUCAUCAUAUUCCCCGGAGGAGAGGUCAUUGCCGCCAACUGGACGGGCAGGGUGUUGUUCAAUUCCACCACCUCAGCGUUGACCGUGAUGUCGCUCAGCCUAGCAGAAUCCGGGACAUACACGCUGCAGGACGUGGGUUCCUCCGCUUCCCAGUUAGUGCUGUCUGUUCGAGAGCUAAUUUCAGGCGUGAACAUUAUGGCAAACGCCACAGACCUUGUGGAGUUUAAUGACACGGUAACGGUCACCUGCACAGUGGUCACUGGCACUUCCCUAUCUUUCACGUGGCUCAACGACACCGCCGAGGUGAUGGCCGGCGGAUAUGUCCACAUCAGCGACGACGGUUCCCAGCUCACCAUCGCCAAAGUGAAGCGCUACGACGAGGGCCCCUUCAAGUGUAACGUGACGAAUGGCAUCAGCCAGGAAAUCAGUUCGUCUGUACAAUUCAACAUCAGCUAUGGACCCACAGCUGCUGCCGUCUCAGUGGUGCCCCCUUUACACACCCACAUCACGGGAUCAAACAUCACCCUAUCAUGCGGGGCUGAGUCCAAGCCCCCGGCGGCGAUCCAGUGGAUGUUGGACGGGAUGAACCUCAACCACUCUGGGGUGGAACUUGAACUACCAAUGGUCACUGAGAACCAUACGGGGGAGUACAAGUGUCUUCUGCACAACUCUGUGACAUCCAGGUUCACUAACGCGAGCGCAAUGAUCAGGAUCAUAGCGCCGAUUACGGCCGUGACGGUGAACCACACGGGAGGAGUGGCGAUGGCUCAGGAGCCCUUCACCCUCAACUGUCACGUGAACGGAGAGGUGGACAUCAUCCAGUGGUGGAUGAACGGCCACCUGGUGUCCGCUGACAACACCACAGUAUUUGAUGCGGAGAACCGAACACUGACUUUAAACCCAGUCCAGCCCUCCGAUGCUGGUCACUAUAAGUGUCGGGCUUUUAACGCAGUGAGCAACGUGACCAGCAGUCCCUAUAACCUGGAAGUCUACUACGGUCCAAAAACACCGGAGAUCAUGGCACCCUCGGUGGCCUUGAUUGGAAACCAGGUGCUCCUCAAUUGCACCAGCCUCUCCCAUCCUCCGAGCGUGUACAGCUGGCACUUCAAUGAAACGGAAGUGGCCAACACCUCCGAGUACCUGGCAGGACCAUUAGCAUUCAACAUGAGCGGGACGUACACCUGCAUGGCCUUCAACAAUAUCACUGGGAGAAACAGCACAGCAGACCACAUGCUCACUGUUUUGGAUGAAAUCAAAUAUGUACACAUACAGUUGCCUGUGCAUCCUCCCGUGGAAGGAUAUUCCUUCAUGAUGAUGUGCAACGUGUCAGGGCCUGUUGACCAAGUUGCAUGGCGAGUAAAUGGAACGCCUUUAAUCACGGACGACAGGAUCAUGAUGUCCGCGGAUAACCGGACCGUCACCUUCAACGAGCUCCACCGUAAUGAUUCUGGACUGUACCAUUGUUGGGCUUUUAAUUUGGUUCAACAAAUCGUAAGCCCUCCUCACCUGCUCAUUGUAAACUUUGGACCAGAAACUCCCAUGAUUUAUGGUCCAUCCAUGGCUGUGGAGGGACAGUCUGUAAACUUCAGCUGCUCUGCAAUGUCGCUCCCUGACAGUCAUGUCACCUGGUGGUACAACGGCACGAUGGUAGCCAACAGCUCACUCUUUGUGUCAUCCCCGUUGACGGUAAACAUGAGUGGAAACUACACAUGCAAGGCCCGCAAUCCUUUGUCAGGAAAGAAUAGCACCAGCGUCCUGAUGCUCCAUGUCCUCGAGGCCAUCAAGUCAGUGACGUUGAAAAACAAUACGAUUCCAAUCGACGGCGACAACUUCACGCUCACCUGUGAAGUGGACGGGCAUUACACGUCCAUCCAGUGGAUGAAGGACGGAAUGCACCUCACAGCAAACUGGUCCACCGCCAAUCACACCAACUACUCCAUACAAGACAACAGGCUUCACUUCUUACCCUUGACGCGCGCAGACGACGGAAUGUAUGAAUGCGUCGCCAACAAUUCUGUCAGUCUUCACAAAAGUCCCCCCUAUGAGCUCCUGGUCAACUACGGGCCUCUCAGUGUGACGAUCUCAGGUCCGGACCUGGCGAAAGAAGACCUCACCAUUUCCAUCAACUGUAUUGCCGAUUCUCGGCCAGAAAGCGAGUACCAGUGGUUUAUGAAUGACAAGCCUACGUCAGCCUUCGCCUUCGGCAGUAUGAUCCAAAUCCCGCUUCUAGAGUCCAACUACACGUGCAAGGCAAGGAACCCUGUGACCAACAUCACUAUGUCUAAGACCAAGUCCUUUAGCCUCAUUGGUUCCGCUUCUGCCCUCCAUUGCCCACCCUACAAAGUCCUUAUAAUCAUAGGUGUUUUCAUCAUCUCCAUCCCAGUUCUCUUUCACUGAAUGCCUCCAAAAUCAUGUUUAAUUUUGUAGUUAAAAAAACACCAGAAACAUACAUGAGAGCAAGGUGUCCUGCAGUCAGUCAUUUUAGGUUGUUUGAAAAGACAGAAGAAGCAUUAACAUUUGUAACAAUCUGCUAUUCUUAAUUCUCAUUUUUACUGUCAGCAUGUUGUGAUUAUUGCCCUCACUGCACUGGAACAUACACGUAGUCUUUUCAAAGUGGCUCCAUUAUUUCACUUCGCUAAAAAUCAAAUCUUGCACUUUUGCACGGUCACGUUAGAUCAAACUGUAUGAAAUGUAUACAAAUUUUAUCAUGCAUUGAUUUGUCGUAUUUAUUUCUCAAUUAAUUAAACUUGUAAGACUGGUUGGUCCUUUGCGUCAUGCUGUCUUUGUGUCGGUAGCCUAUAAAUUAAUUUGCUGCAUUGAGUUAUUUGCUUGCUCUUAAUUACAUAUUUUGGAGAAAGUAGAAUACAGUACUGUCUCCGAGACAGCAUUCAUAAACAUGGGUUGGAUAUGAGACAGGCCAGUACACCAGACAUUGGAGGGCACCGACUCAGUAGUACCAUCAGGUAUAUCCAUCUGAAAGCCACAGAUGUUGCUGAUGUCGCAUCCUGAACACGGAGAUUCAGUGGAAGGUAAAAGUAUGAACCCUUUGGAAUUACUUAUAUUUUUGCAUAAAUUGGUGGUCAUCUUAUCACCAUUUAAAUCACAACAAUAAAGAGUCUGCUUAA